GCGUUUCUAUCGUGUGAUCUGGCAACCCGACCCCGACGCCAAGUUGCGACGCGGCGUCAGCUGUCCGUGUUUGUUUAUUACACGGGAGGUGUUGUGGCGGCUUUGGCGCAAAAAUAGCACCAUUACUAAACCUCCGAGAAUGAUUUAAUGACGAGGCAGUAAGAUGGCAGUGUGUGCUCUGUCCAUGUUGGAUGGCCUGGGUGAAGAGGCCACAGCGCUGGGUGGUGUGCUCAUCCUUCUCCUCGCACUGGUCCUGGCCUGGCUCUCCACCCACGUUGCUGACCGCGGCGAUCACAUCCUGGGCACCAUUCUCACUGUCGGUGCCCACGCCUCACUGAUUGGUCUGGGGGGCCACGACGGCUACGCUGUCGCACCGUCCAGCUCUGAGACAGGUGAGCAGCAGAGCGAUGAGACAACAGAUGAGGACAAACAAGAGGAUGAUGACGAGGAAGGCGAGGGCGGCGAGGAGCUGCUGGAUAUCCAAGGAGGCAGGAGGAAAAUGAGCAGAGAGCGUGAGGGAGAGAACGAGGGCACGGAGGAUGAGGAGGAUGAGGAGAAGAGCAUCACGGUGCGACUGAAGUUUAUGAAUGAUACAGAGGAACUGGCUGUGCUGAAGCCUCAGGAUACAGUUGGAGUGUUAAAGAGUAAGUACUUCUCUGGGCGUGAGCGUCAGGUCAAGCUGAUCUAUCAAGGGCAUUUGCUGCAGGACCCACGACGCACCCUGCUCUCACUUAACAUCACUCACAACAGCGUGCUGCACUGCCACAUCUGCCAGGCUCAGAGUCCUGCCUUGCCCCAGGCCGAGCCAGACGAGGGCCAGCGUGCUCAAGCAGGAGCGGGUAUCAGCGGGGGCCUGCGCUCGGCCGCUCUCACGUUCAGCACGGGCAGCCUUGUGAUCCCGGUGUUCGUAGUGCUGCUAGCCGUGGUCUGGUAUUUCCGCUUCAACUACCGGCAGCUGUUCACAGCGCCGGCCACCGUCUCUCUGGUGGGAGUCACCGUCUUCUUUAGUUUCCUCAUCUUUGGCAUGCACAGCCACUGAGGAUACAGACAGAAGAAGGAAAGAUGCACGGAGUCAAGUCGUAGAGAGAGGGAAAAAAUGAAUCGGGGGGAAAAGAUGGCCUAUUCACUUGAUCUGUUGAAACACAUUUAGGAAUAUGGAAUGAAACAGCAGCAGUUGAGUGAUGAGGAGAAGGAAUCGUAGCAGACUAAAGUACUCAGGGAGCCGUAUGGCUUCUGGUGCCAUUUAGAUAUCUGGUGUGUCAGAGAGAGAGAGAGAGAGAGAGAGAGUGUGUAAGAGUGUGUAAGUGUGUGUGAAUGGGCGUGUUUGUGUGUUCAAGGGAUAACUUGUGGCUGAGUAAAGAGAAAUGAUGCUGUAAUUGUGCUUUAGAUUAAUGUAAUCUUUAUAGUAAUUUCAUCACAACACGAGACCAGGUUUGUCAAGUCUUCUUUCUGCUUGAUUAACUCCGUCACUUUUAUUGUCAGUCAGUUUAAAUGGAAAAACGCCAACCUAAACUCGUAUCUAUCAUUUCUGUAGCAUGCAAGAAAUUCAGCGUUUCUCUCUGCACCGAGAAAUGAGUUGAAAAAUCUGUUUCAUUGGAAGAUCACUUAACAUAGAAUAUAACAUUUUACCCCCCAAAAAGCUUCAAAUAUGUAACACAAUAAUCUAAAAUCAAAUAAUAAAUAGGGUUUAGUAGGGUACAUAUGUGACAGGAAGCCGUUAAUUUUUUCUUUUUGUAAUUAUAGUAAUUGAAAAGAGCAUUCCGAAAAACACUUACAUGUUACUUGAUGUUUGCUGAUAGAAUUCAAAACUGCCAUUUAUUAAAGAUUCGAGUUACUAUAAGAUGUGAUAGACGGACGUGAGGUUGGAAAGGGCCGGAGUUUUCCGUUCAUGAUCGAUUUGUUUGACAGCCGCAACAUUUCACUUGUAGUUAACCGAGCGCGACACGAUGCGCAAAAUAGGGGUCGCGUUUCUUACCAAAACUUUAACAAAUACUUUGCGGAAAUAGCAGAAGCGCACGCUUCUGUUACUCUAAUCUUUUAGCAAAUGUAUUUAUUUUCUUUUUUCAGAUUCAAUUUUUGUAUAAUUAACGAGUGUGCAUAGCUUUACCAGCUAAUGGUCCUUUUUUGUUUCCGAUCACAAAUCAGUUUUGUUCUACAGUAUUACCUUUGAGAGGAGAAACAUUCUUAGUAUGGAAAUAUUUGUUCUGUAGCAAUACACAUUGUGCUCUGUGUGCACGAAAAAAAGAUAAAAAAAAAAUACAGGGAUAACAAAGGAUAGCUACGCUCUGUAAAUAAAGUGUAUUCUGUGUAUAAUAUAAAAAAAGUUGAAAAUUAAAAAAUGUUCGACAUUGAA